AUGAUGAUAAUAGUGGCAGAGGGAAAGGUCGCUGAUAUAUUAGAAGGUGCAGAUCCAUCUAGUUUGGCCAAUAAAGUUGCUAGGGUUGCUGGGCCAGUUAAGCCUAGAGAACCAACUCCUCCUCCUGCUGUUGCUGCCAGCCUUGAGAAUGUCCAACAGUUAGCAAAAGAAAAUGGAUCUUCCCAGGAGCAAGAGCAAAUUCAAGUGAAAAAUGGCAUUGAUGAUGCCUUGAAAAGGCGGCUGCAACAGCUCUAA